GCCGGGGUGUGCGAUGGUACGGACCAGGUCGACCUUUCAGAGCGUUGCCGACCCCAGCGUCUUUCUCGACGUCACGCUGUCCCUGCGGAAGCUCGAUCGAAUUGGCACCAACAAGAUUGCCAGCAUCGCCAUCGGAGUGGUCAUGGGAGCCCACCCUCCCGACAACCAUCGGUACUUUGUUGCGACAGCCUCCGACGGCAGCGAUCGCACUGGACAAGAUGUCAGGGUGACGUCGUUCGCAUUGUAUAGCUGCUCCAGUGGCCUCCUAUUGAGCCCCAACAUGUCGACCGACGAAGCCACGGCCUUGGGCAAACUCGUCGCAACCACGAUCGACACGGUACUCGAAGAAGUGCGAGGUGCACACGCCGCCACCCUCGCUUUUAAUGGCAGCUACUGCCGCCAUCGAUUGACGCCGACUUCAGCCGUGCUGAAACACGAGCUGCUUUUGUACUCUCUGCGGGAUCUCCGGCCGCCGUCCUCGUCGAACGUUGCCGGCAACAUGCGAGUCGCGAGUGGCAACACGGAUGCGAUGUUGCUCACAGGUUGGGCUUCCGAGUUCUUUGCAUACAUGGGAUCAUCUGCCCAUGAAGCACCGACGUUUGUCGCAAGUAGACUCAAGCGACACUCGAUGUUCAUAUGGGAGGUUGACGGGAAGCCCGUGGGGUUUGCCAGCUACGCUCCCGCCGUCGAAGUCGAUGGCGAAACCGUGUACCGCAUCGGGUCCGUCUUUAUUACGCCAACGGAGCGCUGCAAGGGCUACGCGUCGGCUCUUACGGCCGCUCUGAGCCAGCACUUGCGAGAAUCCAACUCGUCGCAGACCGCUCGCAUCUGUCUUUUUGCUGACGCGGCCAACCCAGCGUCGAACAAGGCGUAUCAGCGCAUUGGCUUUGAGAUCGAAGGCCCAUACUUGUUGUACACAUUCACAACCGCCCCUGGAUCGGUCUAGUCAAGAAGGACGCUCUUGGCAAGUCGAGUCUCUUUGAAUCCGUUCGUGGGGGAUGCUGACAAGACUGGCGAUGCGGGCAAGGACAAUGCUCACGGAAGUUACCUUUGCUUGUCACGAACGAUUCGUUCGGCUACGCGCGAUUGUCGUCGCGGACGGCCACGUCUUUGGGCUGUGAUAAAUAAAACGUGGUGUUUUGCGUCA